CUCUUUCUCCAUUAUGGAUUCUUAUUACAGUACAUAAUCCCCAAAUCAAGAUCUCCAAUUCCUUUUAGAUCUCAGAUCCAAUAUUUCACAGCUUCAACUCUUCCCUGGAAUAUUCUCGAUGGAAGUGACUGAGCAGGCGGCAUAGCAAAAAAACACAUCAUUCCGCCGAAAACAAGCAACGCUUUGUAUCGACGGCGGCGACGGCAAUCGAGAGACUUCUCUGUUUGCCUUCCACGCCUACAUGACUACAUGUCUAACUCUUUCAUCAAACUUCUUUCUUCUUCUUUAUUUUGUUUUACAAUUUUAAUUUAAUUAAUAAAAUCAAAAUUUUUAGUAAGUUUUGCCUUGUUCUGCGUAUGCUCCACAAAUUCAUUCCGUUGUCACUGUUUCUAGAGUUUUUUUCUAGAUGGAUUUUUAUUUGCUUUAAAUGAGAUUUCUUGCAGACCAAUUUUAUAUUGUAAAUACUUUCUACUUCAUAUUAGUUUUCAAAGAGGAGCAACUUAAUAUGAUUGGGAGGUUGUUCCCUUGUUGUAAACUCGAAGGAAAUUACUUGUUCCUUCGUGAGAAGUCUUGGAGUGCGGUAUCUCCGAGUAAAGNUACACAUAUUGGAAGGAGCGAAUGAGAAUUUUCAUCCAAUCCAACAACUUUCUCCUAUGGAGAAUUAUCAAGAAUGGGGAAGAAGUACCCAUGAAGAAAGUUGGGGAAACCACCGUUCCCAAAACCGAAGAUGAAUACGAUGCGCAGGAUAUCAAGAAAAUAGAGAACAACGCCAAGGCGAUCAACAUUCUUUAUUGUGCAGUAAACCCGGAUGACUACCGGAAGAUCUCUUGUUGUUCCACCGCCAAGGAAAUGUGGGACAAGCUAGAAAUCACAUAUGAAGGUACGGAUCAAGCCCGAGAAGCUAAGAUAGAUUUUCUAACCCAUGAGUAUGAACUAUUUCAUAUGAAGGAGAACGAGAAAAUCGACGAUAUGUUUGAACGAUUUUCAAAAAUCGUAAACGAUCUUCAUGCUCUCAAGAAGACAUAUACGGACAAGGAGCUUGUAAGAAAAAUCUUGCGGAGUCUCACACCGGAAUGGCGCUCCAAAGCCGAUGCUAUCCAAGAAUCCAUCGGCAUCACCAGUGUCACCAUUGACGGACUUAGAGGUAACCUCAAAACCUAUGAGUCUACCAUUCUUUACCCCUCUUUAGGUGAAUAAAAGAAGAAUGAGAUUGCACUCAAGGCGUCCACAAGUCAAGAACGUGAUGUGGAGGACUCAAGUGACAAAGACGAGUUCGGGAUCGUGCUCAAGAAAUUCCAUAAGUUCAU